ACCGUACCUACUAGUACCUGUCCCGCACCGAGCUCGCACACAAACACCCAAGCGUUGUAUUGCUAAGUGCCCUUCAGCAGAGCAUCGCAUUGCUGUUGUUCAGGGUGGGAAGCAUCAAUUGCGCAGCGAGGCCAUAAAAGAGAGGGUGUGAUAGGUGUAGGUUUUUGUUGUCUGAACAUUCGAAUCAAUCUCCUGUAGUCCACGAAAAACCAAACGACGAACGUUAUGGUUGUCACCAAGGACAAGGAGAUGGUGGCAAAGCAUCUUCGUCGCGAUCAGACACCCAUGAAAAAGCUGAAGGCAGAAGCGAGACAGCCGUAUCAAGUGUCUCUGUCCAUUUGGUUUGCGGCGGUUCUAUUGUUGGCGUCCACCGCGAUUUCCUUUCAUGUGGGUGCCCAUGCGAGACAGCGUAUUCUGCAGCAAACCUCAGGUCAAAGUGUUCCCAAGUGGUUGUCCCCGUUGAUCCUCACGGCAACUGAAACUACUACUACGAGUACUACAAUUGCUACCGCCGAGGUUCCAUCAUGGGUGCGCUGUGACAACAAAUCUGAUAAAGACGACCCACUUUGUGUCGUUCAUCAGGAGGCAGGAGCCAACGUUGACGACAGCGACAGCGAUGAAGACGAGGAGGAGGAAGAAGAUUCCAAUGGUCCACAUGACCACAAAUUCGUUGGGCAACAGCUUCUGAUGAUCUUGGAUCAAAUACAAGACGAGCUCGUUCCGUCAUUGCUACAACACACAGCAGCGAAAGGUUGGAUCCUCGAGUCGCACUAUUUACAACGUCGAGAAGACGAAUCGUUGGUUUCUGCCAUAUUCCUCUUUGACGAUGCACAUCGCAUUGCCAUCAAUACCGUCACGAGCACGUUGGAUAUUUAUUCCACAGACGACGAGAUUCUCUUGGAUUGGAUCGACUUCUUGUCAUCGCCACAAGUCAGUGCGGAUGCCGAGUAUUGGACGUACCGACCACGGGGAGCACCCUAUGAUCCCACCGUUGUGGAUGCCGGACUAACCGAUCUCUAUAAAGGCAUGCUGGGAAACUCGCGAUACACCCUCAAACGACUUGUGGCGCGACAUGAAUCGCCCUUUCAGGAGGUGGCCAUUUACGAUACCAUUGAUCCGACGCUUCUCGAUUAUUCGUCGUACCAAGCAGCCACAAGCACGACUAGUAAUAGUAACUACUACACGGACCAUGCACACAUGUUCCAACCUGAUCGGCAAAUGUUCUUGGAUGGGGUGGUACAGUCACGCAGGCGGGGGGAGAAGAGCUACCACGAAGCCUUGGUACAUCCACCCAUGAUGAUGCAUCCCAAUCCACAACGAGUGGCCAUUAUCGGAGCCGGCGAAGGAGCCACGCUGCGGGAAGUACUCAAACAUACCUCUUUAAAGCAAGUUGUCAUGAUUGAAAUUGAUCAACAAGUCAUGGACUUGUCCCGACGGCAUUUGGGACAAUGGAACGACUGCAGCGAUUUGAUACUGCCAAAGGGAAUGGUCAAUCCAACGGGAAACUGCUUUGACGACCCUCGUGCCGUCGUGUAUGCAGAAGACGCCAUUCGAUGGUUCAUGGACCGGUAUCCAGAAAAUGAUAAUGGAACAAAAAACAGCGAGGAACUCUUUGAUGUCAUUAUCAUGGACGCUUUGGACCCAGGUGACAAUGUAGAGUUCUCGGAUUUGCUCUUUGACAAUACCGAUCUGGUGGAUACCUAUUACCGUGCCUUGUCGCCACAGGGUGUCUUUCAAUGCCAGAUGGGAGAACAACAGCACAUGGAUGACUGCAACCCAAUGUGGACUCGUGAUCGACAUGCCCUCUUGUUCUUGCAUAAUCUGGGCAAGGCGGGCUUUCAUCGUUUGAAGGAUUACCAAGAACCAAGUACGCGAUUUGAUGGUGUCUGGAGUUUUCUGCUGGCUUCCAAGGCCACCGAUUCUUCUCGAUGGUAUGCCAAUCAGGCAGAGAUUGACUUGGAACUGCAACAGCGGGCCAUGCCCACAAAGAGUGGAGCAUGGCCUUUUCACUACUUCGAUGGGUCUACGAUGAUGACUUACCAAGCCACGUCUCGUGCUGUAGCCAAAAUCGGGUGUCUCACCACGCCAGAUUCGCCAGCCUGUUUGAGAGGUCCUGGUCUGUUUAAGGGGAUCAAUGCACCUGUAUCAUCAUCAGAGUCAGCCAAGUGGACAACAACGAACAAUGGUCAAGUAGUUGCAACGACAGAUAUUCCGGCCGGAACCUUGCUGGGACUGGAAGAGUGUGUACAGCAUACGUGGGACAUUCCUCACAACUCAAACAACUUGAUUGAUUCGUUUGCAUCUCUCAAUGACUCAUCAUCCACACUGUGGAAAUCUUGGCAUCUUCUGACAUCACGAUAUGGGAUGGCGGCUCCCCUUGUGGGAGAAAAGGCCAUGCUCUUGGACAUGGGCAUAGAUGUUUGGCAACGCCAAUGUUUUGAGGCCGAAACACUGCUGGAAUCCCUGGAGCCAGGUGUUCUGGACCCCAUGUUGGAGCGCUUCUGGCGAAUCCAAAGCUGUGCCGCCAAGCGGCGCAUUCAGGAAGAUGUCGCUGCUGGCACCAACAUGGUGUUUCCAACGCAAGAGGCUGAAUAGACAAUACAGUUCAUAAUUCAUGUUCAUCUAUCUACAUGCAUACCGGUAACUGCUAGUUCCAGUACUAGCCCGGUAAGCACUAACGAAUGUCGUUUAUAUGGUUUUGGCCAACGAGAAGGGAGGAACCAGAUGUAGGGACGUAAAAAAUAUCCGUCUUCAACUUAGCACAAGAGCGUCUGUGGUAUGGAGUCGU